UGGAACCUUUAAUGUUAAAAAGGACACUGCUGUUAUUCACAGCAAGUCAUUACUUCACAGAGAGUCAAUGAAGACCUCUCAGCGUAAAAAAGGUGAGAAAUCGGUUUUAAACCUGUUGGAGAACCUCCAGCCUGAGGUUCGUGCAAGAAUGUGCAAAUUGUUUGAUAUUGCAUAUGAAGUUGCAAAAUUGGAAAUACCAUUUACUAAAUACAAGGCACUGAUUGAAAUGGAAACAAAACAUGGUGUUUCCUUAGGGAAAGCAUAUUCAAAUGAUAGGGCCUGCCAGAGGUUCAUCGUUGAAAUAGGUAGGACCAUGGUGGAUGAAAUGAAGGCCGACUUUGAUGAAGGAUCUUUCUAUUGCUCAAUUAUUUUCGAUGGCUCUUCUGACAAGACAUACUCUGAGAAAGAAGUUGUUAGCAUAAAGUACCUUAAAGAUGGUGUGCCAAGGAUCAGGCUCUUGGGGUAAGUUAAUUAAAAAAACAACAAAUGAUUCUUUUGUUGCAUGUUUAUGAAGCAAAUACUGUAGUUUCUUGAUGAGUUCAAUGUUAAAGAAGUUCUCAAUAAUUUUUUUUUGUGAAAAUGACAACCAUUCCUUUCUCGCUUGUAGUUUUUAUUCCUUCAUCCAGCGAGUACUGUUGAGCAUAACUUGCUAUAUGCAGAUAGUUAUUGGUACCUACUCUUUUACUGAACUCUAGUCUGCGUGUGACCAACUUCAUUCAUAAUUAUAGCCAAGUCCAAGUUUAGUGCAAAGUAGUAUAAUUCAGUGUAUUAUUUAUGAUUUAUGCAGCCUUCUAACAGUAAUCUAGUUCAUUCAUCUCAUUCCCUUCACAGGAUAACACACCCAGAGGCAGGUGAUGCUGAGAGCAUUUUCAAUGCUGUCAGUGGUAAGCUGGAUGAACAGCAGGUCACCAUAGAGAAGUCCCUGAUUGCCACUGCUGCUGAUGGUGCAUCCGUUAACUUUGGCCGGGAAAGUGGUGUUCUUGUCAGACUGCAAGAAGCAGGUGCCCCUUGGAUGUUGAAAAUACACUGUCUCGCCCAUCGUCUAGAACUAUCCCUUGCUGAUGCUUUCUCAGAUACUUAUUUCAAGAGUGAGAUUGAUGAAUUCAUGAUGAACCUUUUCUACUUCUUCAAAAGAAGUACAAAAAGGUUCAAACAAUUCAAAGACCUCAGCAAGGUAUUGGGUCAGGAUGUUCUCAAACCUACCUGUGCCCAUGGAACUCGGUGGAUUGACCACAGACUUAAAGCAGCCAAUGCCCUUGACAGGAACUAUGAGACCCUGGUCAGUCUAUUUGAAGACUUUGCCUCAGAGGAGAGGAGGAAGAAAAAGGCAGGGGGAAAGGGCAUCACUCCAGCAGAGAAGGCAAAGAUGAAGGGCUACCUAAAACUUCUCAAGUCUGAGAAGUUUGUCCUCUGUCUUGCCCUCUACCGUGACAUUCUUGAUGACUUGGCCCAUUUGUCCAAGUGGCUUCAGGAUGACACAGCUCUUAUGGCAGAUGUAAGAGCUACUGUUGAAGCUACCCUGGGUCUUCUUACUCGUAAAAAAGAAACAUCCAGGUAUGUGAAUCUUGCAAAAGGAGAGAUGAAAUCUGAUGGUUUCUACAGAGGCCAUAAGCUGACCAAGGGUACAGGUAGACGAGAUGAAGUGGAUUUCAUCACAACUGAGUUCAUGAUGUUAAGAAAUGACACCAUAGACAAAGUUAUAUCUUGUGUAUCAAGUAGGCUGCAGGAUUUCAUUGAUAAUGAAAUCAUCAUUGCUUCAUCCAUUCUGGAUAUUUCAAACAUUCCUGGGGUCAGUGAGAAGGAGGCCUUGCUAGAGUAUGGAGUUGACCAUUUGACUACCCUUACAAAGCAUUUUGAAACUGUCUUGGUUGCUCAGGGGUGUGUUCUUUCUGAAAUAGAAAGAGAGUGGGAGAAACUGAAGUUGUUUGUGUCAAGAAACAAGAGUACAAAAAUGCCAAGUAGCAUUGAGUUUUGGAAAAAGAUGUUCCAGGAAAAAAGAUCAGAGUAUUCAAACCUUUUGCACAUAAUACACAUUCUCCUUGUUGUUCCCAUAGCUUCAGCUCAUGUGGAAAGGCAGUUCAGUAUCAUCAAGCGCAUCCUAGGUGAUUUCAGGGGAAGUCUUAGUUUACCUGUUAUUGAGCAUCUCGUCCGGAUUUGCUCUUCUGGGGUUUCAGUUUCAAAAUUUGACCCAAAUCCAGCUGUGGAAAACUGGUGGUUGAGUCAGAAGCGUAGGCCAAACUUCCGCUCAAGGAAGGCAUCCAAAGAGUUAAGCACAGCCCCCCAAAUACCAGCAGGUGGUGAGAAAUCUGACUUGGAGCUGUUGUUUGCAGAUACAAAUUCAGAUGCCAAUGAAGACAGCAGCAGUGACAGUCAGUCUGAGACUGAAUCUGAAUCUGCAAAUUAA